AUGAACGCGAUUCACAACCAUCUGGUGAAGCAGAAUGCCAGCUUAAAGAAGGACCUGUCCGAGUUCUCCGCCAACCCCGCAGGGGCGCCCAUGUCGCUACAAGGCCAGAUUUCGGCUACCAUGACCUCCUUCAGCCGAACCCUGGACGACUAUUCGGAAAUUAUCAACAAGGAACACAACAAGGAGAAGAAGGAAAAGGCUGAGGCACGUCUGGCUCGGUUUCGUGAAGAGCUGGCCGACGCACGAAGCGAGUUCAAGAACCUCAGAUCGGCCCGAGAAGAGAAAACGCUAGAGGAGAACAAAACGGCGCUGUUUGGAGACAACCCUUACGGCGAGUCGCGAAACAGAAACGUGAACCGAGACGUGCCGAUUCAGCCGACCUACACAGAUCUUACACGAGAAGAGGGCAUGCAAAGGGAACAGUCGUCUCUGAACCAGGUGGGCCAGCAGCUCGACUCAUUCAUUGAGCAGGGAAUGGCUGCUCUGGGCGACUUGCAGGAGCAGAGCGACAUUUUGAGAAGCACCGGAAAGAAGAUGCGGUCUGUGGCCGAGACUCUGGGUCUGUCUCGAGAGACCAUCAAGAUGGUGGAGAAGAGAGCACGACAGGACAAACGGUUUUUCUACGGAGGCAUCGUCUUCAUGCUCGUGUGUUUCUAUUACAUCUUGAAGUGGUUCAGUUAG